AUGUCGCAGCAGACAGCAACCGUUAACCACAUCGAUGACUGGACCGGGGUGACCGAUCCGGUUAAACGGCGCAGAGUCCAGAAUCGCCUCAACCAGAGAGCCUAUAGGUCACGUCGACGACAAGGUGGCAAAAAGUCCGAUGUGCCAGAUAAUAAUGACCGUGACCUUCCGUUAUUGAGCUCUCCCAGCCCACAGUCGGAUUCGAUUACAUGUAGACUAUCGCAGGCGGAGCAUGUCCGCUGCACAUUUGCCCCUCCCAGUGUGCAUGAGCUGAUGGCGGACUUUGAAAGGAGAGCCAUGGGCAGUUAUCUUGGCGGUUCGCUACAGACAGACCUUCUCAUCGACCUAAGCAGAAUUAACGUACUCCGGGCAGCCUACCAGAAUGCCGCUAUUUUGGGUAUGGCCGCAGAAUGGAUGUGCCUUGACGACACCGUUUCCAUUUUCUGUAUCGACGGUCCCCGUGCCAGCCAGGAGCAGAACAACACCCCCGCCAGUUUACGCCCAACAGCCUUGCAGAGGGAAAUUUCACAUCAUCCAUGGCUUGACAUCUUCCCAUUCCCGCGCAUGCGGGACAACCUCAUCAGGGCGGGUGAUCAGCUUGAUGAUGACGAACUGUGCCAUGACCUAACAGCAUUUUGGGACACGCGCAGAAGCGAUGCUACGCUCUUCGUGUGGGGAGCACCUUGGGAUCCGCAAAACUGGGAGGUUAGUGAAGGCUUUGCUACGAAGUGGGGCCCCUUGCUUCAGGGCUGUCCUGAGCUUCUCCGGUCAACGAACUUUUGGAGGACUGACCUGGGUCACUUGGAGCCCUGGCUCGGCAUGCCCGACGAGUCCGAAAUUGAUCUUGAUACUCGUCGCCGCCGUUUUGGCUACUUCAUCGGUCUACAAGGCUGUGACCUUCCACCACGCCCCGGAUGUUUGACGGAAGAAAUUGUGCAUUACCUUGUUUCGUUGCGAAGGUCUAAGCAGCCAAACAAGCAUGAACAGGAUACUCGAGAUGGGCCUAACAUUGAAAGCCGAAUCCGUGGACACGAAGCUGCGUCAGAUGUCCAGACAGAGCCCCAAUCUCUGUCUAUCCUUGAAGUGUUGAGCUGCAUAGAGCGUGAGUGGCAGCGAGCGUUAACGCGCGAGUAA